AUGUUUUUGAAUUUAUAAAAAUGUAAUAUAUCUAUGAGUCUAAAAUAUGUUUGAGCCUAUUGAAAAAAUAUUACAAUAAUGGCAUUUUUUAUAUGUGCAUUUAAGUUUUAUUGCGUUUUUUUGUGUGUAAUUAGUUAUUAGUAAUUAAUUAUUAAUUUAGAUAUGCCUGGUUUCUUUUCACCGUAAUAUUUUAACUUAUAUGUUUGGUGUUGGUAAAAAAAAAAAAAAAGGCGACCAGUGAAACAUGCCGUGUUUCUUUAUGAAGAGAUGUUAAAAACUGUUAGACAGGAAGCCACAGCCAUCACAUGAGACCAGCUUGAGUGGCUGACGGUGUCUACACGCACUAUGAGAGGCUUGUACUAUUUUGUUCUUUGGAUAUUUCCAAUUUUUCCCUCCACAAUACAGAAUGAAAUCCCUGUGCCUUGUUAUAAGGUUCCACAAACCUGUAUGAAGAAAGCUAACGUCCUAUCGUGUAUUGAAGAAGGAAUGAGAACUUGCUUACUUAAAGCCCCUAGGAUUCUAAUUCCAAAUUUUUUCUCUAUAGCAGUUUCCUCAGAGGGAAUGGUUGAUACGGGAAGAGGAUAUAAAAUCCAUGUCUCUGAAGAAGCAUUAGAGAGGAGCAGCAGUAGACGGGAGGAAACUUCUAAGGAAGUGGAAUUGAUUGUGUCUAUUCUCAACGAGACUUUGUUCCAGGUCAGCAGCAGUUCAGACACCAAAAAGGGAAAUGACUCAAAUGAGUCAAGAUCAAUAUUGCAUGGGCAAAGUGUGUUAGGAGUUUGGCUUGGUUUGACAGAAAUUCGCAACCUUUCUCAGCCCAUUCAACUCAGAUUCAUAAACACUAAUCAGAGUGCGAACGGAGUCUGUGUCUACUGGCAUCUUGAUAAAAAUGGCAAAGGUAACUGGAGUACUGAUGGCUGUAAUACUAUCAUCGACGGAGGAGAGUUUGUGUGCAGUUGUAAUCAUCUGAGCUUUUUUGCAGUGCUCAUAGAGCUGGCUCCAGAAAUAUUCCAAAUGUGUAUCUGAGUUCAGGAUGGUUGCUCAAGUUCAGUCCAUAUAUCAGUCCCAUCAGCAUGGGUGUAAACUGCUAGGUCCUGAAGAACAUUAUCUUCCCACACUCUAACAUCUGCUGGACUGUCUCCAAUGAUGCAGCUUCAGAUAGAUUCCCACGAGUCUUCUGGAUCACCUCCUGAUUGCUGGCAAUGUCUGUAUCCUAGAAGUAUUUAAAACGAAGGAGUACGCAAAUUCUUGUGUAUUGACUUGAAUACCAAAGCAUUUAUUAACCUUGACAUAUGAAACAUAAAUAAAUAAAACUCACCAUAAACUCCAUAGUGCUAGGGUCUUUAUUUGGAUACUUCAAUUUAAUUAGUCUGAAGAUGAAAAUAACCAAAUUUAGCCUUUCAUUUUUUUUUCUAAAAUUACAAGUUGGAAAAUAAGUCAGUCAAUCAUCUAUUUCCUUAUAAAUACAGGCACGCAGUCAAGAUGGGAUUCUAACAAACAUUACAGUGGAAAAUGGUACUGGGCCAGAUCAGCACAGAAAGCCACUGUCCUGCAGAGUUUAGCAAUAUUCCGAAUUAAAGGGAAAGUUCACCCAAAAAUGAAAAUUCUAUCAUUAACUGCUCAACCUUCAUGUCUUUCUAAACCCGCAAGAUCUUCGGUCAACUUCAGAACACAAAUUAAGAUUUUUUUGAUGAAAUCCAAGAGCUUUCUGACCCUGCAUGGUGAGCAACAUGACUGGAAUGUUCCCAGACAAUUUUUGUUUACUUUACACACAAAAAGUAUUUUCAAAGCUUCGUAAAAGUGCGAUUGAACCACUGAUGUCACAUGGACUGUUUUAAUGAUGUCCUUACUUUGACUCUGGGUCUGGGAACAUUUCAGUUGCAUAGCCGCCUUUAUGGAGGUUCAGAAAGCUCUUGCAUCUUGAUAAAAAUAUCAUCAUUUGUGUUCUGUAGAUGAAUGAUGGUCUUACGGCUUUGAAACGACAUGAGGGUAAUUAAUGACAUGUUUAUUUUCUGGGUGAUCUAGCCAUUUAAACACAUCUGAACCAAUUAAUCAAGAUUUUUGAGAAUUUUAAAACAAAAAACAAAGUCUUAGAAGUUCCAGGCACAUAAAACUGGCUUUCCUAGAGCAGGUUUGGAAACCCCUGCCUUGCAUCAAAAUAAAUAGUUUUUGGGAGGCUAAGUCCAGUGAGUGAUCAUCUUGAAAUAUUACUAACAUUAUAAAAAUUAUUCUUACAUUUACUUCAUGAAAAUCAUUUAAGUAAAGUAAAAGUAAAUCAUUCACAAUAAAAAGACAUGUCUGCCUCGUCCUGAGGGAUACGACCUGAAGAUAUAAAAUAUUAAUCAGAUUUCCAGCAUAGUUUUGAUCACGUAUCGAUGAAAGAAGAUUAUUUGAGAAAUAAUUUGGUCUCAGUGUGUGUGUUUUUCUACAUAAUAGAAGACAAUAAUAAUCAGAAUGGUUCGGUUACCAGCAUUCUUCAAAUAUAUCUUGUAUUCUGCAAAAAAAAGGAAGUCAUACAGGUUUGGAAUGACAUGAGGGUGAGUAAAUAAUGAAUGUGUUAUAUCCCCAUGAGUCAGAUUUAAUAAUAAUAUAAUUGCAGUGAUUGGACAAUAUAAAAUGUUUAAAUCAUUUAUGAAAUAUGGUGAAAAAAGGAGGCAAAUGGAGCAUUAAGGAAAAAAAAAAAAAAACGUUUGAACACUUAAAACAUAAAAAAAAACUCAACACUUAAAAUAUCAGCUUUAAUGUGGGGGUAUAGACAAAUACAAUUAUCAUUUUUAAGUUUUAAUGUCUCUCAGGAGUGUAUCAUUGAUAAAGACUGUGAGAAGGGCAGCUAAUGUCUGUAUGAAACACAGAGCGCAAAGUGUCUGUCCU